CUUCUUUCUGUGCUCGGCCUAGAUGGCUGAAUCUGACCCUGGGGAAAGAAACUGCGACAACAUGCUGAAAAUGCUGUCCGACCUGAAUAAAGACUUGGAAAAGAUAUUGGAAGAGAUGGAGAAAAUCUCAGUGCAAGCCACAUGGAUGGCCUACGACAUGGUGGUGAUACGCACCAACCCCACCCUGGCAGAGUCCAUGCGCCGGCUGGAGGACGCCUUCCUCAACUGCAAGGAAGAGAUGGAGAAGAACUGGCAAGAGCUGCUUAGUGAGACCAAGCACACGCAGUAGGCCCCCGACCCCACCCCGCAGCCGCCACGCUGGGUCUGUCUGUGUGCAGAGCCACAGCGGGUGGAGCCUUCUCUGCCUGGCAAAGAAAC